AUGCCUGGGCUUCAGAGCUCAACCAAUGGCGGCGCCGGUAAAGCCAGCAGAAAACCGCGAGUUGCUGCUAUAGGGAACCCGAAAGCUUGGGCUGAUGCUAAAACCCUAAACCCCAGGAGAAAUAGUAAUUUCGGCACAGCCCACAAAUCCAGAGUUUCCAUGGAUGGCGGUAGAACCACGGAGUCGAAAAUGGUUAGCAACAGCGGAAAGAUGAGAAGCAGAGGAAACAAAAAUGUUCCCGUUCUUCGUGUCGGUUCGAAAGAGAAAUCUGGUGAAAGGCCUAUCAGGAAUAGGAUGGAUUUUAAGAACGGAAGUCGAAGUUUUGAACCGGUUAGUGAUAUGAACUCAGGUCGAAAGAGGAAGAGAUCUUUUGCUGAUCCCGGAAUAGUUGAGGAUAGAGUGGUUGAUGGUUUUCGUGAAAAACCCAUUUCUAAAUCUAAGCACCGUGUCACGGGAUUGCGUUUGGAUAAAGGUGAAAAAAAGGUUUCAAGAGGAAAAAGUGGUGAAUCAGACAGUAAUUUCCGAAGCUCAUCAGUAAUGGAACAUGGUACAUUUAAAGGAAAUGAACUGCGUGAUAGGAAAAUUCGAGCUGGCAAUGCUGAGGGUGCUGAUAGAUGGAAGCGUGUUCGAGGGAAUGGCUUAGGAAGUCGAACACUGAAUACCAGCGAUAAGAGAAAAAUAUCACUGAGGACAGUUAAGGAUCUGAGCCAGAGAUCAUACAAGAAAAAUGAUCGUGCCAAGAAAAGCUUGGUUAGUGGCUCGGACAUGACGGACGAACUCCAGCCAAAGAAGAAAAAACGAGUUAUCAGGAUAGAUCCUCAUGACACAUCCAACAAGAGAAUAAAUGAUGGAAUAGCUCAUGAUGAUAACACUCAAGCAAAGACAGAUUUGGAGGAGAAGGAUAAUGCUGAAAUGUCAAAGAAUGCACAAUUUCGCGCCAUACGCCCAAGUCCUUCUAUUCUUACAUUUGUAGAAGAAAACUUGUUAGGACGCAGGCGUGAUAUUGAGUUCAGGAGGGCUGGCUACAAUACUCAGCUCUCUGCCCCUCUAGACAACAUUCCCUUAUCAACAAGUUCUGAAAGGGUUCCCUUAUCAACAAGUUCGGAAAGGGAACGGAUUGAAGUACCAGUAUUCAGGAAUAAAUUAGAAUUCUUUGCUGCUGCAAAGAUUUCAUCAUCAUUUCCCUCUCCUGAUCUCCCAGAGAUUGCAUUUGCAGGGCGGUCAAAUGUUGGAAAGUCAUCAUUGCUCAAUGCACUAACCAGGCAAUGGGGUGUUGUACGGAUAUCGGAUAAACCAGGCCUCACUCAGAGUAUUAAUUUCUUUAAGCUUGGGCCAAAGCUAUCUUUAGUGGAUUUGCCCGGUUACGGUUUUGCAUAUGCAAAAGAAGAAGUGAAGGAAGCUUGGGAGGAACUUGUGAAAGAGUAUGUUACCACGCGUGUUAGUCUGAAGCGAGUAUGUGUUCUUGUAGACACAAAGUGGGGUAUGAAACCCAGGGAUCUUGAGCUAAUUGAUUUGAUGGAAAGGUCUCAAACUAAAUACCAGAUUGUUCUAACAAAAACAGAUACGGUUUUUCCAAUUGAUGUGGCACGUCGAGCAAUGCAAAUUGAAGAGAACCUCAAAGCAAAAAAAUCUGCAGUUCAACCCUUGAUGAUGGUGAGCUCGAAAACUGGGGCCGGCAUCAGAAGCCUGAGGACGGUACUCGCUAAUGUUGCUCGGUUGGUGAAGUGA